CAAAAUGCAGUUGUCUCUCUCUGGCGCACGGGUUUUGUUUUGGCUACGGCAAAAUUUCUUAUGUGGUAGAGAAAUGUGUUUCCUUCCCAAUUUGCGGAGUUUCUCUGUGAAAAAACAAUGCCCGGAGACGUAGGAACGCUCAGGGAAUUGAGUGCAUCGGAGAUAGCGCAGCAGUUUAUUGAGACGGCCCAGAAAGUGGACAAAUGCUUUGGCUUCGAAGUGACAAAAUGGCUGGAGCGCUACCAGGAGCUGCGGAAGCAGCCCAACUUCCCCGAGGCGGCGAUGUUGAUCAUCAGCGCUGCCCAGAUAUACGGCAGGAAGGUGGAUUACCUGGAGGAAAUGGUGUACAAUAUUGUGCGUGAAAGCGUAUCUCAGAAUGCAGAGAAGAGUGAUAAGCGCGGAGCUGACGAUGUGGAGACGGGAAAGCGAAAGAGAGUGAAGCGCUUUCGUCCGGAAACGUUGUGCGAGAAGUUCCACUGUGCUGAGUAUAUCGUGAAAGACUUCAAGAGUCUCCCCGUGGCAACUCUGUGCGAGAAAAUAGUGCAGAAGACACGCCAGAAGGGUGGCAGGAGUUUCGAGGAGGAAUUCACGACGUGGACUGUCCGGAAGGAUGCGAAGGGUGGCAAGAAACACGCCCGGAGGCGACUGGAGAUGGAGGAGGAGGAGAUGUGCUCCAGGUACACCUCCUUCGGCGAGAGUCACAUCUUUGACUACGACGGCGAGGACAUUGUGGGUCGUCGAAGGGAUUUUAAAGUCUUCAGUGGACACAUUGACGCUGAAAAUCAGGCCGUAGGGAAUGAUAUCAAUCUGAAGAAGCACUACAAGGGGAGUAAGAGCAUGGAGAUGACCAGCAGAGAGGCCAACCAACUCGAGGAUUGCUCUCUAAUGCAGCCCGUGACAGUGGAAGUGCCUGAAAUUGAACCUCCGAUCAGUGAGGAUCUGGGAAAGAAUCUGCUGCAAGAAGUGCCUGAAAUGCCGCCAUCUCCAAACAAUUUGCCCAGCGAUGAUGAGGGGAUCGGCAUGUCACAGACAUUCUCCAACACCAUCCAGAUUAGUGACCUGAGUCCGUCAGACUGGCGAAUUCUGUCGCCAAACGUAGAACUCAUGGACAUCAUGGAGCAUUUGAAGAAGGAUCCGCCGAAAGAGUUCACCAUCAGCUCGUCCGUGAAGAAUCUGCUGUGCAUCGACAGUGCCUAUCUCAAGCAUUCGGAGGACUUCACACUGCCACUGAAAAUGUUCGAGCGACGGAGCGUCGUUGAGAUGAACAUCCUGAAGUUGCCGGAGAAGAAACUGCGCAGCAAGUGUUUGUUUGCACUGCCCAAAGAGUGGAUUGCCGAACGGCGAGAAGCUGAGCGAUCGUGUCCGGCAGUUCCUGGUGAAAGAAGGCUGUUUAAGCUGGACAUGAGUCUUCAGAGCAUUCCCACACCGCCGCCGACGCCCGAUCCGGAAGAGUCUGAGGAGUUCAAGGGCUUCGAUGAGUCAGAAAUAAUGGAUAUCACGCUAUCAAAUAGUAAAAUCCUCUCAUCGACACUCACCCAGGAGAAGAGCUCUCCUAUAAGUCCACACAAACACCCCAGGAUGUCUGCGGAUUCGGGAAUUCAGUCACCGUCACACACGAUGGACAUCAUGGAUGCAAUUCUGGAGGAGAGUAGCUCGCAAAUCUUCACAAAUGCCAGUGAUUCUGGAUUUGGAUCGCUGCUGAGGUCAAUGGAUGAGGGAGAAACCUCACAAAAGUCCGUGGCAAGUGACGAUAUUCUCCUGAAUGACACUCAGGCGCCUGACGAGACAAUAGAACUGUCUGACCAUCAGAGGAAUCUGCAGAAGAUCGCAUCGGAAGAGCAUCGCCAGCGCGUAGAGGACAUGAAGCAGAUGACAGACAAAGUGAAUCGCUGGCAUGAGUAUUUGAAGCCCAUCCUGAGAGUGUCUCAUGCACGAGGGCAUUUUGAUAUUCACGCGUAUGGAACGGAGAUUCUCGAUGCGGUGAAUCCGAAGCGGAAUGCUUCUCUGCCAGAUGGACAGAGUUUGUCUCUGGAGAGUGUUAUGGCCAUGAAGGAGGGCCCGAAAUUGCUGCCGAGAUAUUUCUUGUCAAUGCUACAGCUGAUAAACACCAAAAACAUUAGUAUUCAAGUGAAGAACGAUGUCAACAAGGUGAUUGAUCUGCGGGAUAUUCACAUAAAAUUCCUCUCGGCCGAGAGGCAUCACGAGGAGCUGCAACAGGGCCUGCAGAUUGGCGACAAGAGGAAGCGAUCCGCGUCCAAUGAAGGCAAAUCCGCGGAGGAAUUGAAGAAGAACCGCAAAUAGGAGGAAAACUAUUAAAACAAAUCAUCAAAUUGACCAUCAAUUCUCGUCAAGUGAUGUCAGACAACAUUUUAAAUUUUAAUCGAUCACUUACUAAUGAAAGUACAAUUUUCGUAGUGUCUUUUUAGGUGUUU